AUGCCUUUGAAAAUACGACCGAUGCGUUAUGCCCACCCUGAAGGGCACACUGACGUUUGUUAUUUCGACGGUGAAAGAGGUGGCCUAGUAACAUGCGGUGGAGAUGGAGACGUAAGAUUCUGGUUAGACCUGAUGGACGACGACCCGUCAGCUGUGUGUGUAGCCGAGCAAGCGACAGCUUGUGUGUCCAAAAAGAGUAAAAUAUACGUCGGGAAUGACAACAACUCCGUCCAGAUCCUGACACACCCGAAUCUAGACCGCGAGGGCAUUCUCACGCGAUUCACUGCGACAGUAUCAUCACUCAUCACAUCUCGAAAGAGUAAUUUAAUCGUUUCAGGAGCCUGCGACAUGCGCAUCCAGGUAACAAACAUCGAGACGAACAGCAGCGUCGAGCUGACCGGCCACGAGGCUCCGAUCCUCGGUCUGACCCUCGACCCCCUCGAAGAGUUCGUGUCUUCCUCCAGCGCCGACGGGUCUAUAAAAGUCUGGAGCAUAAAAGAAAAAAAAUCCGUUCACACCUGGAGCAACGUCGUCCCCAAGUGUAACUCUUUUUUCACCGCCAAGGCCCACUGUACUCCUUCAUUUAACGCCAAGGACGGUAGCUGGCUCGCGUAUCCUCACCAGAAAGACAUCGUCUUCGUCGAGAGGAACUCCUGGAGAGAAACGAACCGUUUUAAAUGUCCGAUACUUAAAACCGAGAUCAACAUUUGCAAAUCUUCCGAGUGCGGGACGAGAAUAGCAGCUUGCUCAAUCGUCGGCGAGAUCGUCGUCUGGAGUACGGAAAAUUCUUCAGUACUCGGCUAUGUGGAGCACUCGCAGUCCGCUAAAAUAACUUCCCUGGUUUGGAAUUUAAAGAAACCCUCGGAGCUUGCUUUUUGUGACAGCCUUGGCCAGCUGGGCUGCGUCGACGUAACUCUAGAGGACGGAGAAACUGCUUCUAUUGCUGGAACAGACCUGGACAAUGACAACGACGACAUCUACGCUGAAUUAGGUCUAGACAAAGAUGACGAUGAUGAUGAUGAUGAUGAUGAUAAUGAAAAUGUGAUAUCGCUGAACAAAAUCAAAGCUACCCUAGAUGACGACCAGAAGAGUGUCUCCAGUGUGUCUUCAGCAAGACCUUCAAAAGCAGUCGCUGAAGUAAACAUGCAGGAGCCGUUCCAGCCAGGAUCAACGCCAGUCCACUUACUAUCCCGCUUCAUGGUCUGGAACGACGUGGGGAUCGUCAAGUGCUAUACGAGUGAGGAUUCCGAGGACUCGAGCAUCGACGUUGAGUUCCAUGACGCUUCAGUCCACCACGGGAUGAACGUACGCAACUAUCUGAAGCACACAAUAGCUUCUCUGUCCUGUGAAGCUCUGGCGAUGAGCUGUCCGUCUAAUGAUGGGACUCCCAGUAAGUUGGUGGUAAUUUCUCUGCAAGGAUGGGGCUCCGGGAACAAAGAGUGGUCUGCGGACUUGCCGGAAGAUGAAGAGUCUGUUUGUGUCGCUGCUGGGAGCACUUUUGUUGCCUUGGCGACUUCUAAAGGAAAUCUGAGGCUCUUUUUAGUAAGUGGAGUCCAGAGAGAAAUUAUUGCACUGCCUGGACCCGUGAUAGCGAUGAACGCGGUAGGCAACCAGUUGGUAGUUGCUUGUCACAAGGCUUCUGGGUUCAAGGAUCAGUUCAUGUCGUUGCUCUGGAUCCAAGUUCGUGGCUCGGGUUUGAAGAGCAGGGAAAUAAAUUUGCCCUUGACUCCAGGCUCAGAGCUGAUGUGGUUGGGUUUGUCUGACGCUGCGUCUCCAGUGGUGAUGGAUGCUGAUGGAGUUAUCAGGAUAUUUAAUAAGCAGUCGAAUUUGUGGCGUGUUGCUGCUGAUACUGAUAAAUAUCAGAAGGGUAAAAUGGAUCAUUACUUUAUUGUGGGUGUUAGCGAGAGGGAGAAAUUGAUCAGGUGUAUACUGUGCAAGGGUAGUCGUUACCCGCCGACUACUCCCAGGCCUAAUGUCAUCGAGGUGGACUUGAAAGUGCCGCUCUGUGAUCCAGAUACGGAGAAAAGUAAAAAGGAGGCGAAUAUUUGGCAGAUUGGUGCUAAUCCCAGUGAAGAAACUACGGCUCUCUUUACGCUGAUUGCAUUUUUCUGUGAAGCUAAUACUGAGUUCCGGGUGGUGGAUUUGUGCCAGAAUUCUGCGGAGCUGAGUGUCAUUGAACUGGCGGUUAAGUACGCGACCAGGUCCGGUAAAAUGGCACUGGCUAAGAAGUUGCAGGCGAUUGCUGAGGAGAAGAAUAGAAAGCAGAUGGCUGGGAGAUAUGGAGAUGUCGUUGAGGAAGAGGAAGAUAUUUUUGCGGGUAUGGAUGAGACUGGAGCAAAAGAUACUCAGGAAGAUAUUAUUCUUACGCCGAUUUCCAGGCCGACUCAGGACAUUGUCAUUCGUCCUUCUCCGUUUAGUUUGAAGAAGAAAAAUCCCUUUUUGAAGAAAACUAACUCCCCGGGAGUCAAAGGGCUGGAUGGGUUGAAUAGUUUGCCGGAAAAAGCUCCUAAGACACCUGUUACUCCGGUGGUUAAAACAGCAAAGAAAAGUUUGGGGAAGAAGGAAAGUUUUGUUAAGUGGUAUGAGAGGAAUAAGGCUGAUUUAGAGCAGGAGUUUCCUAAUUUAAGUGGCGCCGAGUUGUCCAAGGUUGGACUCAAGAGGUACAAAGAAGAAAAUGACUCGCAGUCUACUAAUGGGAUUGAAGAUAGUGAUAGUAAAAAAAGAAAAUUGUCGAGUCCUGAAAAUGAUAGCCAGGCGAAGAAAUCGACUGUUGCGAUUUCUCUCAUAAACUUUCCCGCAGCUUGGCAUCAGCUUUCAAUAGCUGUUCUUGCACCUGGACAAGAUUUCACGUGUGUAUCACCACCGUCAUUCAAUACCAGCGCUUCUAUGCUGAAGGCAUGCAAGGUCCAGGUCAAUGAGAUGUUUUUAAGUCUACUAUCAUAUCUCAGGGUCGGCCGGAAAAUUCCUUUGAUGAUAGCGGUGGUUGUCCAAGCAGUAGCAGGAAUUAUAAGUGUCUUCAUGCCGAUGUAUGAAUUGUUUUUGUUCUUUAAAUUCAUUUCCGCCAUCGCCACUGGCGGUACUAUGCUCAUUAGUUUUGUCGUUGUUAUGGAAAUAGUUGGGAUAGAAUGGCGGUCAAGAAUUUCAAUCCUCUUCCACAUUCCAUUUCUACUAGGGUUUUUAUGCAUCCCACUAUUUUCAUACUUAACUGGCACAUGGGACGGUUACUGGCUGACAAUAUCAAUUCCUCCGUUCUUGCUGUUGAUUCCUGAGUCUCCAAGAUGGUUGUUAGCUGUCGGAAAAGUUAAACAGGCACGCAAAGUAUUAAUGAAAGCAGCUCAGAGAAACAAUAUUCCUGAAGAAAAAGUAACCGCUGCGAUAGAAGCUCAUGAAAAUUUAUUGAAUAGAGAUAGCACCAACGUAGUUGUUGAUGGUGAACAAAGAACCUACAACAUGAUUGAUUUAGUGCGUACACCUAACAUGAGGAUAAAAACGGUGUGCAUCGUUAUUAAUUGGCUUGUCUGUGGCCUGGGUUUCUUUGGUCUCGGACAUUAUCUUGGUCAUGUAGGAGGGAAUGUAUUGAGCAAUCUCGCUGUUUCAGCUGCGUUCCAACUGCCAGGAUUAUUACUUGUCUACAUACUAAUCCAACGAGUAUCACGAAUAAAAAUUCUAAUCACCUCAAACAUCGUAGGAGGAAUAAGUUUAUUGCUAAUCGUUCCACUUUACCAUUAUUACACAGUGAAACUGAUUUUAGUAACAAUCGGUAUCACCGCAAUGACUGUCAGCUUCCCAACAAUUUACUUGUACACUGGAGAACUGUUUCCAACAGUAGUAAGAAACAUUGGGUUUGGAGCUUCCAGUGUUGCCUCGAGAUUCGGCAGCAUCGUCGCGCCGUUUUUAAUUGUUGCUGGCGAUGAAAUACCCGGGUGGAUAAUUCCGGUAAUUUUCGGAAUUGGUCCAAUUAUCGGAGCUGGUCUUUGUUAUUUCUUGCCGGAGACAAUGGAUUGUAAGCUGCCAGAGACGAUUGAAGAUGAUGAAAAACCUUUGGAUCCUAUCCAGGAUGCAAUGGGCACCAUGGGACACUGGCAGAUAAUAAUAACAAUAGCAAUUUCGCUGAUAAAUUUUCCUGCCGCGUGGAAUCAACUCGCGAUUGCCGUAAUUGCACCUGGACAAAAUUUCACGUGUAUAUCUCCAUUGCCGAUUAAUCCAAAUGACUCGAUGCUAAAUACUUGCUUUGUCAAAGUAAAUGAAAAUUUACCAGAAGUUCAAUGCGAGAAAUUUUCUUAUGAUGACAGUGUUUUUAAAUCUACGAUCGUCAGUGAGUCAUGGAAAUUGUCGGCAUUGAAACGCGUUCAAAAAUCCUGACAAUGUUCCACAUCCCAUUUCUUCUUGGAUUUUUAAGUGUUCCAUUGAUUUCAUACCUAACAAGAACUUGGGACGGUUAUUGGUUGACAAUUUCUAUUCCUGCGUUUUCGCUAUUCUUCUACUAUUGGGUGAUACCCGAGUCUCCAAGAUGGCUUUUAACAGUAGGAAAGAUAAAAAAAGCGCAGUCAAUUUUGAUGAAAGCGGCCAAAAAGAACAAAAUACCAGAGCACAAAGUCUCUAUGGCGAUAAACGAUCACACAAAUUUACUGAAACAACACACCAACACUGAAAUUGAUGGUAAUGGAAACUCAAAAUCAUACAGUGUUAUUGAUUUGGUACGAACACCAAAUAUGAGGAUAAAAACACUGUGCAUCGUGUUCAAUUGGUUCAAAUGUGGCAUGGUGUUUUUUGGAAUUGAACAUUACCUUGGCCACGUCAGCAAAAAUGUUUUAAGUGAUCUUGCUAUUUCAGCGGCAUUCCAGUUCCCAGGACUUCUUCUUGUGUAUAUUUUGAUAUCCCGAGUAUCCCGUCUUAAAAUUCUGAUAUGCGCGAACGUUUUAUCAGGAAUAAGUCUGCUAUUGAUGGUCGCGUUUCAGGACAGCCCUACUAUAAAGUUAAUACUGGUUAUAAUCGGUAUUACUUGCAUGACUGUGAGCUUCCCAACAAUAUACUUGUACACUGGAGAAUUAUUUCCUACUGUAGUCAGAAAUAUUGGGUUUGGCGUUUGCAGUGUCGCUUCCAAACUUGGCAGUAUUGUCGCGCCAUUUUUCAUUGACAAUAUUACAAAGUUAUCUUUUUGGGUAGUUCCAGUAGUUUUUGGUAUGGGUCCAAUCCUGGGAGCUAUUCUCUGCUACUGGUUACCUGAAACAAUGGAUUGCAAAUUACCUGAGACUAUUGAAGACGGUGAAAAUUUCAAAAAGAAGAGUAAAAUUUGUCAAGACAAGUGUCCAAGUUAA